AUGGGAUCGUUCAUGUGUACAAAUGCCUCUGUUGCUCAGAAGGCACACAGAAAGGACGACUAUAAAAAUCCAUUCGUUGAAAAUGCAAAGGUGAGAAGACAUCGACACAGAGAACGAGAGGCCAAUAGAACUCUCUUUCAUAAACCUAGGGGUAAGAAGGAAGUGGAAAACUUUCAUGCCAAUGAUAGUCAUAUAGUUGAGCAUCAUGAUUCACGAGGUAAUGCCAUAACAAUACAAAUACGGCAUGCUAGGUCGAUGAGUUGCUUGUCUGGCUUGGUUACUCAGCCCAAUAGGGAACUAGUGCCAAAGAUUCCUAAUGUUGAAAAACUCAAAGAUGUUACCACACCAAAAGGAGAGACUCCUGAUGUAAUGAUAGCCGAGAAUGUAAAUAAUGAUAGAGCAAGUAAUUGUAGUAAUUUUGUCCCUGUUUUGUCUGCAAGGGAUAAAGAACAUGUUGCCUCAAUAUAUGAAGUAACAAAUGACGAGCAAGACCUGGAAAGAUCUCCAAUCAAGCUUAAAGAUUUAAAAUCCAUCGACAUGACCAAUCAUGAUGAAGAUAAUUUCGAUAAUUUGGACCAAGGACAUCAGGAUGAUGAACACUACAUGCACAAGGAAUUUACGAGUAUACAAAAUGUUCACCAUUUGAGAAGUAGAGUGAGUACCUCUAAUUCCCUCAAUAAUCUCGAACACAAUCAGAGGAAAAGUUAUUCCGAAAAGAACAUUAGAAAAAUUCUGAAUGAUUUCGAGAGCAAUUCUCGACCUUUGACACCAGUCGAUGAUAAAAGAUCUCAAAAGAGUUUAAGGUAUCCUUCGAGAACUUCAAUUUAUUCCUCCCAAAGUCGUUCCUCAACAUCAAGAGCCAUGGAAUUAAUUUCUGUAAGUUCUGAUACAAAAGUGUGA